CUCUGAUAUUAAUGGCAAAGCUGUUGCACUUUGAGGCAGUUCUCCUCUGUCCUCUCUCUAAGUUUGGAUCACUGUAUUUGAGACCAUGAAACUGGUGUACGUAUGCUGUUCUCUACUGAUAACAGUCUGGCAGGAGGUAGAGGCUUCUGGUAGUGGCCCUUCUGGGGUUCUGGACAGGGUGUAUGGAAGUUCCAGCUGUCCCCAGGUGAGACUGAAACCAGCUGGGCAGUGUGAAGAUGAGGAUGAGUGCCCAUACCAGAUUCAAAUGCCACCGCUGACCAUACAGCUUCCCAAACAAUUCCGACUACUGGAGAAGACCAUGAAGGAGCUGCAAAGCUUGAAGGAGACAGUAAACAGGUUGAAGAGCUCCUGUCUGGAGUGCAGCUUGCAGCAAAUCGACCUCAACUUGCAAAAGGACAGCGGAGACCCUCCGACAAACAGUGCAGAGCAGAGUCGAGGGGAUACCAGCAAGAGAGUAUACCAGAACGGGAAUGACAGCGAUAAUAGCAUUGUACAACACAUGCAGGUAAAGAUGAACCGCAUGUCUAACAGCCUGAAGAACGCACGUACGCAGAUUAACUCCCUUCAGGGACGUCUGGAGGAACUUAACCUCCUCAAUCUGCAAAAUGUAGAGGCAAUAGUGGACAGAAAAGUUGAGAACAUCACCGGGAUUGUCAACAAAAUUAGCAGCACCUGCACCUCAAAUUGUCAACAACAACUUCAACACCUCACAAACAUCGCUCCCAGAGACUGCUCUGACAUCAGUAUGCUGGGGCAGAGGUCAAAUGGGGUGUACCAGGUGACCCCUGACCCAAGAAAUGGCAGCUUUGCAGUGUAUUGUGAGAUGGAAGCAUUCGGUGGUGGGUGGACUGUCUUGCAGCGUCGAAUCGAUGGCAGCGUGAAUUUCAACCGCACCUGGGCUGACUACAAGAAGGGCUUUGGUGACCUUAAAGCCGAGUUCUGGCUUGGAAAUGAUAAAAUCCACCUGCUGUCCAAAACCAAAGACAUGAUCCUCCGCAUUGAGCUGGAAGACUUUGAGGGCACACGUGGGUAUGCCAAGUAUGAACAGUUCUAUGUGUCGAAUGAGUACCUUAGUUAUCGGCUGUCUGUAAGCGGGUACUCUGGGACUGCUGGAAAUGCUCUGCAGUUUAGCAAACACUUCAACCAUGAUCAUAAGUUCUUCACUACGCCGGAUAAAGACAACGACAUGUACCCCUCAGGGAACUGUGGGAUGUACUACGGAUCGGGCUGGUGGUUUGAUGCUUGCAUGUCAGCAAACCUUAAUGGCAAAUACUACAGAGUAAAGUACAAAGGAAAGAGGGAUGGAAUCUACUGGGGCACGUGGCACAACCUGACUUCUGAGUACUAUCCGACAAACUACAGACAAACAUUUAAAAAUGUCAAAAUGAUGAUAAGGCCAAAGAAUUAUGCACCCUAAGCCGAAUGAUGUAUAAAAAUGUAUGCAUUACAAUUAUUUUUGGGGUACUUUUCCUCAAGAAUAACUGAUAAAGGUAUAGCUUGUGAUACAUCCUAAGUCCUCAGACAUUAACAGAACUGCAUUAAAACAAAAUGUAUAAAACUCUGUAUUUCAAACAUUGCAAGGCACAUAGGAAUUCUAUACAGCUUCUAUUCUAAUUAUACCAGGACUUUGAUUUAUGAUUUCGUGUGUGUGUGUGUGUGUGUGUGUGUGUGUGUGCUACUGCCAUCUUGUGUUUAAUUAGUUUACUACAUUAUUACAUACAUUACAUUUACAGAAAAUUACUAUUUUUAAUAAUAUAUGUUUUAUAUAGAUGGCCUGAAAGCAAACAGACAUGGACUAAAGGCCCUUGUGGUUAUUAAAAAAAACUGUGACAUUGAAGAAGGAAAUGUACAGUAUUUAUUUUGAAAGCAUGGGAUGAGUAUUAAAAAGUAUUGCUGUGUGACUAGGCAGACCUUUAUGAAUGCUUUUCUGUUUGUUUUUUUAAGAGUCCGAAAUGAAUCAAUUUAGUUUUUUAAUCAUUAUUAGCCCACUUUUCAGAAACUGUUCAUAUAUUGGAGAAUUUAUAUCAACCAUCUCAUUUGUGCUUUUAAAGGUACAUUCAUAUUUUUUUAUGAAACAAAUAAAACUAUAAUCCAAACGA